AUGUCUCUCGUUGUUGUCGAUGAUGAAAUCGAACUCCGAAGGUUGAUAAAAGAUGAGCGAAAACUAGUGGUUUUCUUCUCGUCCCCUAAUGUGCCUCAAUGCGAUCAGGUACAUAAUGCCCUAAAAACACUUAAGGAAGAUACAGUGAAUUCGGAAAUUUUGUUCGUCCAUGUGGAUGCGGAGGCCGUUUCUGAGGUUUCAAAACAACUGAAAAUAAUUUCUGUUCCUACAGUUUUAUUCUUUCAGUCAAGUGAGGAAAUCAAUCGCGUUCAUGGUGCAUCUAUUCCUGAUGUUACAAAAUCUGUCAUGAAUUUGCAAUCAGCUCCCGCUAAUGGUUCAUCCAAUGAUCUUUCAUCACGUCUUCACUCUUUAAUUAAUAAGGCACCUGUCAUGCUUUUUAUGAAGGGUAGCCCCGAAGAACCCCGAUGUGGAUUUAGCCGCCAGAUCGUCAGUAUUUUGCGUUCUAAUAAUGCUAAGUUUGAAACAUUUGACAUCUUACAAGAUGAAGUGGUUCGACAAGGUUUGAAGUCCUAUUCCAAUUGGCCAACUUACCCACAAUUAUACGUGAAGGGCGAGUUAGUGGGUGGCGUGGAUAUCGUACGAGAGUUAGCCGAUUCAGGAGAGUUAGCACAAAUGUUGAUAGUUCCGUGA